UAACACUAGGUGCUGAGAAGCCCAUUAGACUAAACGUUAGGAAGACAGAACAGUUCAACAUCAUGAGAAGUCGCAGUAAUUCAGGAGUCAGGCUUGACAAUUAUGCACGAAUGGUCCAUAAAACAAUCCUCUGUCACCAGGAUCCGGUAACAGGUUUACUAUCAGGAACUGCUGAUCUCCCACAUGCUUGGGUCCGAGACAAUGUGUACAGUAUUCUGUCUGUGUGGGGCCUGAGUCUGGCCUACAGGAAGAAUGCUGACUGUGAUGAGGACAAAGCCAAAGCCUAUGAGCUAGAGCAGACUGUAGUAAAGCUUAUGCGGAGCUUGCUGCUGUGUUUGAUGAGACAGCUAGACAAAGUGGAGAAGUUCAAGUACAGCAAGAGCAUCACAGACUGCCUGCAUGCCAAAUAUCACUCAGGAACAUGUGCUACUGUGGUCGGAGAUCAGGACUGGGGUCAUUUACAAGUGGACGCUACGUCCAUCUUUCUGCUAUUCCUGGCUCAAAUGACAGCUUCAGGGCUACACAUUGUGUACACACGCGAUGAGGUCGAUGUUGUCCAGAAUCUUAUCUUCUACAUUGAAACAGCAUACAAAGUUGCAGAUUUUGGAAUGUGGGAACGAGGAGACAAGACAAAUCAAGGAAUUCCUGAAAUCAAUGCCAGCUCUAUUGGAAUGGCAAAGGCAGCCCUGGAGGCUUUGGACGGAUUAAAUCUCUUUGGUGCCAAAGGUGGCCCAGAGUCUGUUGUUCACACUUUGGCGGAUGACAUACAGCGUUGCCAAUCAAUCCUCAGCUCAAUGCUGCCAAGAGCCUCCACAUCUAAAGAGGUGGAUGCUGGAGUUCUUUCCAUCAUCUCGUACCCAGCGUUUGCAGUUGAGGACAUUGACAUUGUUAACAUUACUAAAGAGGAGAUCAUCUCAAGACUGCAGGGCAGAUAUGGAUGCUGUCGUUUUCUCAGAGAUGGCCACAAAACCCCCAAAGAGGAUCCCAGUCGUUUAUACUAUGAGUCAUCAGAGCUGAAGCUCUUUGAGAAUAUUGAAUGUGAAUGGCCGUUAUUUUGGACUUAUCUCAUCCUGGAUGGAAUUUUUAGCAAAAGUCCUGAGCAGGUACAGGAGUAUCGAGAUGCCUUAGAAGGUAUUCUGAUCAAAGGAAAAGGUGGGCUACGUCUUGUUCCUGAGCUUUACAGUGUUCCUCCAAAUAAGGUGGAUGAAGAAUAUAUCAAUCCCCACACUGUGGAACGAGUGCCAGUGGGCAAGUGUCCAUUGAAAUGGGCCCAGUCCCUGUAUAUAUUGGGAAACUUGUUGGCAGAGGGUUUCUUAGCACCUGGAGAGAUAGAUCCCCUCAACAGACGUUUCUCCACCAUACCCAAUCCGGUUGUUGUGGUUCAGGUGUCAAUUUUAGCAGAGACAGAGAAAAUUCAACAACUUUUACAGAGCCAGGGCAUCGAUUCUGAGACCCUGGAAGACAUUCAUCCGAUUAGAGUUCAGCCCUCUACAGUUCUUAGUCACAUCUAUGCCAGACUUGGACGUAAUCAAAGACUUGGUCUGACGGGGAGGCCAUAUCGCAGUAUUGGUGUGAUGGGGACAUCCAAAUUCUACAUCAUACGCAACACCAUCUUUUCCUUUACACCCCAAUUCGUAGAUCCUCAACAGUUUUACCUGGCCCUGGAUAACAAGAUGAUUGCGGAAAUGCUACGUAUUGAUUUCUCCUACCUCUGUUCACGUUGGAGGAUGACCGGCAGGCCUACAGUCACUUUCCCAGUCUCUCAGAGCAUGCUUACUGAUGAUGGCAAAGAAAUUGAUCCUGCUCUCCUUUCUACUUUGAAAAAGCUACAAGAUGGCUACUACGGUGGGGCAAGAGUGAAGACUGGAAAACUGGCCUCAUUUCUGGACACAUCCUGUUGCUCUCACCUCACUUUUAUGGAUUGUGAGGUGGACGACCUGGCAGAGUAUCUCGAUCAGCUGCUUGCCUUUCCCCAGCAGAGUCCCAUCAGUGCCACUAAAGGAGGACUCAACCGCUUCAGAGCGGCGGCGGAUAAAACCCGAGAGAUAGUGUCACUAGUACACAAAGCCAAAGUGUUGAACAUACAUAAUCUGGGUCUGUAUCUGCCUACAAAACUGUUCCAUGACCCACCACCGGUCCUGCAUCUUACAAAUAAAGAAAGCCAGGUCCCUCAGACAGAAGUUCCUCCUUCAGUGGAUCUACCCAGAGAUGUGAAUGGUGGAAUUGAUUAUCCAGCUCUGGUGCAGAUGCUGAAAAAAAGCCAAAACCUGCAAGAUCAAGCUGAUAUCCUCUACAUCUUUUAUAAGGACAAAGGUAUGGACUGGGAUACCAACCUGCAUGGGAAAGGCUGGACGGUAAAGCGACUUCUGAGUGACUUGUAUGAGAAAGCAGCUAGCCUGAGACUCUGGGGACUUAUCCGAAUGAUCUCUGGUAUGCUCCACAGGAAAGUGGAAGAACUGGAUGAGGCUUGCACCGAUUUGCUUGCUCAUCAGAAGCACCUGACUGUGGGUCUUCCUCCUGAACCACGAGAGAAAACCAUAUCAGCCCCCAUGCCCCCAGACAAGCUAGCCAGGCUUAUCGAUGAGGCCAGUGAAAACAACAUCACAGUUGCAAUCCUCACUCAGGAGAUCAUGGUGUACCUGGCCAUGAGCAUUCGAACGCAGCCAAAACUUUUCAGUGAAAUGUUCCGCCUUCGCAUCGGCCUCAUUAUCCAGGUCAUGGCCACUGAACUGGCACAAUCUCUCAAAUGCUCUGCUGAAGAGUCCACUGAAAGUCUGAUGAACCUGAGCCCAUCUGAGCUGAAGAACCUCCUUCUCCAGAUCCUCAGUGGCAAAGAAUUUAGAGUGCAGAGAAGCAUGCGCUCGGUCGGAACUGGUGUCAGCCCAGCCAUCUGUAUCCAAGACAAGAGUAAAUCUGGUUCUGCAAAAGGUCAAUUAAAAGGCAGCACUCAGAUAAAGAGUGACCUCAAACUGCCCUUAUCGGUGCAUUCCUUGGACAUUAACAGCAUUGAGUCAGGGAGGUAUAGACUUCCUUCUAUUGAGUCAUUUCAAGGUUCUUUGGGAGCUACAGUGCAAGGCAGUACACAAGGCCAGUGGCUUCGUCGUCGCCGUUUAGAUGGAGCUCUCAACAGAGUACCUGUUGGUUUCUACCAAAAGGUUUGGAAAGUUCUACAAAAGUGUCAUGGACUCUCUAUUGAAGGGUGUGUCCUUCCAUCAUCAACCACAAAAGAGAUGACUCCCGGUGAGAUAAAGUUUGCUGUGCAUGUUGAGUCCGUGCUGAAUCGUGUCCCACAGCCUGAGUACCGGCAGCUGCUGGUGGAAACGAUCCUAGUCUUGACCAUGCUGGCUGAAGUGGACGUCCAUAAAAUAGGAGACACCAUUCAUGUAGAAAAGAUUGUGCAAAUGGCCAGCGACAUGUUCUAUAAGGAUCAGAAAGACCUGGGAGCAGAUGAUUCUCUUCUGGGAAAGGAUCCAUCCAACGGCAUCUGCAGGUUACUUUAUGACAGUGCCCCCAGUGGCCGAUUUGGGAGCAUGACCUACCUCUCUAAAGCUGUGGCUGCUUAUGUUGAUGAAUACCUGCCAACUGGAUCCUGCUCGCUUCAGUGACACACUUUAUUCAGAUUUUAUUUAUGGCUAAAAAAUACGAGUGGCUGGGAUGAAGAAUAUCGCUGAAUAAAGUUAUAUAAUAAAUAACAAAACAGACAAAUUUAUCUGUGAAUAUCUAAAUGAGAGAGAAUAAACAUUAUAAUCUAGUAGAUUUUUGAUUUUGUAGGGAAGAAAUUGUCACUGCAGUGGUCAUAUUCAUUUCUGAAAAAACAGAGCUUAUAAUCUCAUUAAAAAAC